AUGAUUGUAUCCUUUGAACUACCACUUCCCAAAGAUCAGGUACCCCAAUGUACCACUUGUCAACGCUACAGCCACACAAAAAAAUUCUGCCACCUGCCUGCAACAUGCGUAAAGUGUACAAGUAAUCACCAUACUUCAAAUUGUCCAUCUAAGGAACGCAGAAUAGUGUACAGUAUUUACUUUGUAAAGAAAACCAUCCGGCCAACUAUAAGGGCUGCAGCGUAUACAAACAAAUACAAAAAGAAAAAUUCCCCCAAUUUAGGAAGAAACCCGAGGCUCAUGAAACAGGCGCCAAGGAAAUUAGCAAUCAAAAAGUAA